CAGGACAGCUACACACGACUGACGGAAACCUCCUCCUCCAUCGAGGCGCUGCUGAAGAAACGUAUGAAAAAGACACUUGCAAACGACACCGAUCCACUUGAGCAUCGGUCGUUUCUUGCUGCCACAAUCCCUGGUACAGGGAACUCGUGUCUGUGCGACGCGUUUGUGCAUCAAAUUGCCCCGGAAGCUCAUCGUUACAGAGAAAACGAUCCGUUGUGCUUAUCCGUCUCUUUCGACGGUCCUUCCGGUUUCGACUCUGCAAACGACUGGACAGUUCUCAAGCAAGCCAAUCCGGAGCACGCUCUGUCGACUCGCCUGCUGGCUGCCUACUUUGAAAUUCCCCCGAGGUUUUUUCAGGACAACUUUGAACAAACUGGCAGCUUCCAGGUCGCUGCUACGCUC